AUGGCUUCGUCGCCGUUGGAUGAAGGGAUCUUUGCCAAAUUGCGCAAGCCUAUCGAUCCGUCUGUCCUCGCCGAAAGAGAGAAGACAGUGUAUGAGCGUGAGCAGGCCUCGGCGACAAAGGCGGAACAGCGCCAGCAUGAGAUCCUCAGCGUCAAUGCCACCGCUCCUGUGACCAUCUCCUCCGUUCGGAUCAUUGGCGCGCAUCACACACGUCGCGGAUUUCUUGAACGAAUCUUCGACCCGGUCCUCGCCCACAACCGGCCCGCCGACAACUUCUACACUCUUCGUGAGGCAUUGACCGAAGUCGGCGCCGCUGUCGACAAGCUCGCGCGUCUCGAUAUCUUCCAACCGCCCAUCUCCACGUUCCUCGACAAGGCCGAGUCUACCGAUCCGAGCACCACGCCCACUGACUAUGCUGUCUAUGUCAAUGCCAAAGAGCGUGGAAGAUACACGAUCAAGACGGGUACGGAAGCUGGCACGGCUGAGGGCAGCGCAUACUUGAAUGUCGUCCUGCGGAAUUUGUUCGGCGGAGGCGAAAGAUUGAACGGAAAUGCUAGCUUGGGCACUCGUACUCGGAAUGCCUACAGCGCUACUUUCGAUACGCCGAUUCUCUCCAACCCCGAUCUGCGCUUUGAGCUGGGCGGACUCAAAUCCAGCACCGUAAAGCCAUGGGCAUCACACGAGGAGAUCCUGCGAGGAGGUUCAGCACGUCUACUUUGGAGGACUUCAGCUACUACUCGACACGAUCUCGCCUAUUCCGGCCUCUGGCGACAAGUCACUGGUCUCGCGGAGAAUGCGUCGCCCACUGUUCGCGCAGACGCAGGCGACAGCUUCAAAUCGAGCGUUUCACACACAUGGACGCACGACUCGCGGGACGCUGUCACACUGCCGACUCACGGCCUUCUCCUCAAGACUGUUUCCGAGCUCGCCGGUCUAGGGCCACUGCGCGGUGACGUCGCCUUUGCCAAAUUCGAACUCGAUUCGCAAGCGGCUACACCUAUUCCGAUUCCCUUCCUCGGCCGACCUAGCGGCAUUUCCUUCACCGCUGGCCUUCGUGCAGGGCUUUUGUGCCCGUUGACCCUCGCGGGCGAGCAGGGGCCGUCUCACAGCCGCAUCAACGAUCGUUUCACUCUCGGCGGACCAACAGACGUGCGCGGCUUCCGCCUUGCAGGUCUUGGGCCUCGCGACGGCCCCGAUGCUGCAGGAGGGGAUGCGUACGCUGCAGGAAGCGCCACCCUCCUCCUUCCAUUCCCAUACGUCGACAAGGAGACGCCACUCCGACUGCAAGCUUUUGUCAACGGUGGCCGUCUUCUCGCACUCCGUGAUGCUCGCCGGGAGACUGAGAAGGCAACGCCCAUGACCAUGGGUGAUGUCGGCCGCAGCGUCGCUGCGACCCUGGGAGACUUGGUCGCUGAACUCCCGAGCGCAGCGGCUGGUUUCGGUGUUGUGUACGCGCAUCCCGCGGCGCGUGUCGAGGUCAAUUUCAGCUUACCGCUUGUGGUCCGCCAGGGAGAGGAAGGUAGGAAAGGAUUGAGCUUCGGUGUUGGACUGAAUUUCAUGUAG